CUAAUCUAGAAAAGGAAAAUAGAAAGGAGUGUGAGAAGUGGAGAGGGACCGCUGAGCGAUCGUCUCCCUGUCUGUGUCUUGUGUUUCGGGGAAUCCCUGUCUAUAGAGUCGGCACUAUGAAAGCUUUCAGCCCCGUCCGAUCCGUCAGGAAAGGCAGCAUAACGGAGCACAGCCUGGGCAUCUCCCGGAGCAAAACGCCGGUGGACGAUCCCAUGAGCCUUCUGUACAACAUGAAUGACUGCUACUCCAAGCUGAAGGAGCUGGUGCCCAGCAUCCCCCAGAACAAGAAGGUCAGCAAGAUGGAAAUCCUGCAGCAUGUCAUCGAUUACAUCCUGGACCUGCAGAUCGCCCUGGACUCACACCCCACCAUCGUCAGCCUGCACCACCCGAGGAUGGGCACCACCUCCUCCUCUUCACCCUCCAGCACCAGGACCCCACUCACCACCCUCAACACAGACAUCAGUAUCCUGACAUUGCAGGCGUCUGAUUUAUCGGCAGAGUUUAUCACGAAUGACAGCAAAGCUCUUUGUCCUUAAAAAUGGUGUUCCGAUUGACUGUUUUUCUUUGCACAACAUGGCUACAAGACUUCUCUAUUUCAUUAUUUGAGUACUGCAUUUGUACAGAAGCUUGUGGAAGAGGGGGGGUCCGUGUGGCUAUGAAAAGGGACUCGCAUCCAGUUUUUAUUUCUUUUUUUACCACCCCCCCAACCCCUGAAUUUUUUUAUUUUGUUCCCAGCCAAGCUUUGGACUGCUUAUUUAUGAAAGACUUUAAUUCACCUUUCCUAAUACAGGGAAGGCUUGAAAUCUACUAUUCUCUCCUGCAAUGGGGAGUGGAAGCUAAAAAAAAGUUACCACAAGGGAUUUGCCACUUUACCAACAGCUAUUUUAAUGCCUUUUUAUUUAAUAAAAGGUGAAGCAUCAGGCAACGUGGACGGGAGUUAAAGUUGUAUGGGAUCAGAUGUCUCCUCCAAGACUGAAAUUAAAGAUGUGCGUGUACAUAGAUUAUUAAAUGAGAAAAUUGUGAACUCUUUAACAUUCCAAGUCUUUUCCCCUCCCUUGUACAGUGGCAGAGAUUUUGAUUUCUGCAAAAUGUGUAAUAAGAAUUUAAUCAUGCUAAACUUUUUAUAAAA